UUUCGGAAAAGCAGGGUGUUAACGUUAGUCCACAAAUGCAGUGUUCUCGACAUAUAAAUAGCAAACUAGCUGAGCACAAACGCAACUGUUAACAAAUAGUUGGAAUUUUAUUUUCCUGAAAUUUGCAUCACACUCGUGUGUAAGUUCUGUCAAGAUGCCCGGAUCAGUCCCUGCCAGCGGUGAGGCCACUUGGCCCAAAGAUGUGGGGAUCAUCGCCCUGGAGGUGUACCUCCCUGCGCAGUACGUGGACCAGGCCGAGCUGGAGCAGUUCGACGGUGUGGCGGCCGGGAAGUACACCAUCGGCCUGGGCCAGGCCCGCAUGGGCUUCUGCUCAGACCGCGAGGACAUCAACUCCCUGUGCCUGACGGUGGUGCAGAGGCUGAUGGAGAGGAACUCGCUCUCCUAUGACUCGGUGGGCCGGCUGGAGGUGGGCACCGAGACCAUCAUAGACAAGUCCAAGUCAGUGAAGACGGUGCUGAUGCAGCUGUUCGAGGAGUCCGGGAACACGGACGUUGAGGGCAUCGACACCACCAACGCCUGCUACGGGGGCACUGCUGCACUCUUCAACGCCGUCAACUGGGUGGAGUCCAGCUCCUGGGAUGGUCGCUAUGCGCUGGUGGUGGCGGGGGACAUUGCUGUGUACGCGACUGGUGGUGCAAGGCCCACUGGGGGUGCAGGAGCAGUGGCCAUGUUGGUUGGUCCCAAUGCGCCUCUGGCUUUUGAGAGAGGUCUGCGUGGGACACACAUGCAGCAUGCCUAUGACUUCUACAAGCCUGACAUGGUGUCCGAGUACCCUGUGGUAGAUGGCAAGCUGUCCAUCCAGUGCUACCUCAGCGCGCUAGACCGCUGCUACUCAGUGUACCGCAACAAAAUCCAUGCCCAGUGGCAGAAAGAGGGCAUUGAGAAGCACUUCAGCCUGGAUGACUUUGGAUUCAUGGUGUUCCACUCUCCCUACUGCAAGCUGGUCCAGAAGUCCCUGGCUCGUCUGCUGCUCGACGACUUCCUCAGUGACCCCAACCCCAACACAGAGAGUGGCCGUUUCAGUGGCCUGGAGGCGUUCAGGGAAGUGAAGCCUGAGGAGACAUACUUUGACCGGGAUGUGGAGAAGGCCUUCAUGAAGGCUAGCACAGAGCUGUUUGUGCAGAAGACCAAGGCCUCUCUGCUGCUGUCCAACCAGAACGGAAACAUGUACACCCCGUCCGUCUACGGCUGUCUGGCCUCCGUCAUCGCCGUGAAUACCCCCCAGGAGCUGGCAGGCCAGAGAAUCGGCGUGUUCUCCUAUGGCUCAGGGUUUGCUGCCACGCUCUACUCCAUCAGAGUCACACAAGACGCUACACCAGGCUCUGCCCUGGAUAACCUGGUGGCCAGUCUCUCUGACCUGCUGGCCCGGUUGGACUCCAGGAGGAAGGUUUCACCGCAAAUGUUUGCUGAGAACAUGAAGCUGAGGGAAGAGACCCACCACCUGGCGAGCUAUAUCCCUCAGGGCAGCGUGGACGACCUGUUUCCAGGGACCUGGUACCUGACGCACGUAGAUGAGAAACACCGCAGGCAGUAUGCUAGACGGGCUCCCUGGAUUGGUCAGUUUGACCACGGUGACCGAGUGCAUACCCAAUCUGGCAAAGAAGACGCGGUCACCAUUACCAACGGGGAGCACUGACGCGGUCACUGUGAGCCGUAGGCAUACUUAGAGCGGUCACCACCACACCUGGACUAAGACCCAAGGAAUGCGCAUGGGAUCCCACCUUCCUUUCCCUCAGUGGUACAGUGCUGCACACAAACCUGUACAGACUUAGCAGUUAGGGCCAGGCAACGUGCGGCCAUCUUCCCCAAAGCUUCAGUCUUCAUCAUUACGACCAGGGGCUCACGCCUCUGCCAGGCACUUCCAGAGACGGGCCUUGUAUGCACGUGUGUACGUAUGUCAGUUUGAACCAUUGGAUGUUCGGUACCCCCGUCUCAGAGUAUGAUGUACAGAAUAUGUUGCGUAAUCACUUUUUUCUUUUUUUUCUUUUUUGGUAUUUCUUUUUUUACGAUCCUGUUCUUGUUUGUUUAUCUGCACUUGUGACAAGUGCACUCGUUCGUUAUUUCAGGACAACGGGAGUCUUCCAGCAGUAAAAGCUGAGGGGAUAUGGCGAGAAUCUGGGGAUAUAAAGGGGACUGGGCCCUUUAACGCACUCGCUUAAUUUCCAGUAAUGCUGCUGCAUUCGCCUUUCUGCGCUGUAGGGUCUUUGCGUUUCAUCAGGCCAUCGACGUGGAGUACAAUCGCCACUAGAUGGCGCACUUAACACUACCGAUUGUGGUAUUGGUUUGGCAAUGUAGACCCUGAUACAAAAGUCUACAAGAGUGAAUUGCAACAGGCAGAGGAUAAUGGUGCACAAAACAGAACCAUUCCUAUUACCCUUGUUAUUGAACAAAGAGUAUUUAAGUCAAUCAAGAAACUCUUUUUGU